AUGCAUGAUCAAGGCAUUUGGGAAUCAGCUGCGAGAAGAAAAAUCAAUGGCAACUCUUGCAAAAAUUCGGGAACGCUGUUGUACAAUAACAUUGCAAAUCGCUACAAAUGUGUUUGUGAGCCAGGAUACGAGGGUGCUAACUGUCAAUUGAGGAGUCAUAUUUGCAAAGAAGAGAACACAACCUGUCUGAAGUACAACAAGAAUUUUGAUGACUGCGUACCAAUUCAAGGAAAUGGUUUUGCCUGUUAUUAUAAAAAUGAUCGAAAACGUUGGUGCAAUUUCAAAAAUGAAAAUAGCUGUCCUCCUGCUUGGACAUGUCUAGAUAAUUUAAUUGGUCUGAAAAGAGGGUACAGAUGUUUGCCUCCAGGUCAAUUGAAGUCAUUAACGAAGUCAGAGAUGUUAAAUAAUCUGUGGAUUCCGCAAUGUCAAAAUGGUGGUCGCUUGAAUGAAUGCGGUAUUUGUGUCUGUUUAGAAAGUUUCAUGGGUCCUCAUUGUGAGUUUAUCAAUCGCUGUAAAAACGACCCUUGUUCGGACGGAAGUACUUGCCAUUCAUUUCCGGGUGGUUACGUAUGUACUUGUCCCGAUCAUCGUACAGGAAUUGAUUGCAAAAUCAUUAAAAGGCGAAUUAUAUCUACUAUGAAAGAAAUUCGACUGUUUCAUCAUCCUGAACAGUAUAUUUUAAUUCCAUCAACUUUCUUGUAUUUGGUUCAUAAUCCUGGAUAUUUGCCAAAAAUUUCCAUUGAUUUUUCGGACAGACAAGUAAUAGAAAUGACUCAAGAGGAUUUUUACAGGAUUGAGAACAUCAAUGAUCAGUUAAUAAAUCUAAAAUUUCAACCAAUUGAAAACAAUGACUUUGUUGCAUAUGCAAUCAAUUUCACUCAUACCUACAGUAACGAAGGAAUUUAUAAUAUGUCAUUCAGGGCCUGGAGCAAUAAUUUACUCAUCUUCAAUUCAGUAUUUCCAAUUCGUGUAUCCGAUCCAGCCAAUUGCACCUUUCAAUUAAAUUUGAAAAACUCUGCUCAGACUCCUGACAAAGCUACACUUUAUCAUCGUAGAGACAGUAUCGAUAUUUAUGCUUCGACCAGAGUAUCUUGCCCUGAAACUAGUCUCAAUUAUCAUUGGGAAUUAUUUUCCGUUCCAAGUAUUUUCUCAGCACCUGCAACGGAAUUCAAAAGGACUCCACAGAAUAUUAGCGUUCACAAUGCUGAAUAUCAUGCUUCGCCAUAUACGUUAACUCACGGAAACUACGUCCUCGUUUUGUCAGUAAACAUGGUACAACCUAUAAGUGGAGGAUUGAUUAAUGCUACAACCUGGUUUCAAAUUGUUAAAGACAAAAUAGUUGCUCACGUAUCAGGAGGUAGUUUCUGGAAUGUUCACGAAACCGAACCUUUUGAGAUUAGCGCUUUUGAAUCCUAUCACCCUGAUUUACCUAGAGAGACCCAAUUGAAUUUUUCUUGGUUUUGUUCAGUAAAAAAGGUCGAGCAUAUUGCAACAGAUUUUUGUGGGAUAAAUGACUUUAAGAUGAUAUCAACGAAACCGGUUAUACAUAUUCAGGAUCAUGUACUUACACUUGGGGUCAUUUAUGAUUUCAUGGUUAAAGUGGAAUCGGAUACCGCUGAAAGUUCAAUGCAGAAUGUAAAGAUUCAAGUGGUUCCACAAGAUGUUCAACUAAUUCGCAUAAAUUGCAUUCAAAACUGCAAGGGAAACAUGGUGGCAAUUAAUCGUCCAUUAAUUUUGCAAGCAUUGCCUAAAAUAAAAUCUAAGGAUGUUGAACUAAAAUGGGAUUGCAUACGUGACGAUCAGCCUAAUCUAUCAAUUUUAAGAACUGACGAUUUCGUAGUGGACGAUGACAUGUUCAUCGUAAAGGCUAGAGUGUUCCGGGAAAGUCAUCGUUAUAAAAUCACGGUCACUGCAGGGCAUACAAAUGACACCAAAAAGGAUGGAAUUGCAACUUUGAGUUUUCUAACAGUUCCGAAAUUCGUAGUUGGUACUUGUACAAUCUUUCCAGAACAGGGAUUCGCUCUUUUUACACAGUUUGCUAUAAUGUGUAACAAUUUCUUAUCACAAAAUGCACCAAUUGUCUAUGAAGCUUUUCAAUACAUGUUACCAAGCCAGGAACCAUUAUUGAUUAGUUUUAAUGUUUUUCCAGAAUUUUCGAAUAUUACCUUAGCAACUGGUUUGCCAGAAAUGGAAUACAUUACUAGAGUUGUUAUUUAUGCUACUGAUAGCACUGGUUUAAUGGAAUCGUAUGUAAUUAACGUAACUGUUUAUCCUACAGCAGCUUAUUUAGGAGUAAUUAGUGAGAUAAAACUCAUUAAAACUUUGAUAACCUCUAUGACUUCUAUGACGACUAGGCAUAUCGUCGAGGCAGAUGUUCAUGCUGUGAUAAGCAAUGCAUGGACGAUUCUACGUGCCAUCAGCACGAUGGUCCAAAGACCGUUGAACGAUGAUGACGAAAUCUUUAUUAAUUACCACAAAUAUGUUUUCGUGGAAUAUCUUUCUCGUUGUAAAUACUUAAAUUCAAUUUCGAUGAAGUAUGCAAUAUCGGCACUGAAAUUACUGAUCGAAAUACGAAAAAAGCACAAUUAUCAGCGAAAUAAUGAUAAAGUUCAAUUGAUUUUGAAUGAGAUUUUGAAUGAUCCACUACUUCAUAACGUAUCCAGAACCGAUUUGAUUGAUAUUGGUGUCAGUAUUCUUAGCACAUCGCAUUCACUGAUCGAGAAAUCACUUGCUGAGGACUCAUUCUCGAGUCAUCAAGCAUAUAUAAAUAAUCUACGAAAAUAUUCAAAUUUAUUAAGUCAUUCAAUCGUACCUCACGAAAGUAUCGAGAUUCCAAUGGCUCAAUGA